AUGGCAAGGCUUUCCAAGGCUCAUGUUGCAUUGUGCUGCGGCAGGUCAAGCAGGAGAAGAAGGAAGAAGAGAAGGCCCGGGUUCACUGAUGGCCUGACAGGAGUAGGAGUGGUGCUGCUGCUGCUGCUGCUGCUGCUGCUGCUGGUGGUGGGGGUGGUGGGGUUGGCGGUGGCGGUGGCCGUGGUGGCGGUGGCGGCGGUGGUGGGGGUGGUGGGUGUGGUGGGUGUGGUGGAUGUGGUGGAUGUCGUGGAUGUGGUGGAUGUGGUGGUGGUGGUGUAUGUGGUGAUGGUGGUGGUGGUGGUGGUGGUGGUGGUGGUGGUGGCGGGUGGUGGUGGUGGUUGGUGGUGGUUGGUGGUCAACACGUUCUUGGAUGACACGCACAAAUCGAACAAAUCGAGAAGUGACAUCAAGGUGGAUGGUGUGAAGGGCGAGGGAGUGAAGAAUGAAGGCGUCAAGCAAGAAGGAAAUGUCAAGCAAGAGAAGAGGAACGAGGAUGAUGUGAAGAACGAGAUGAAGAUGGAAGGAACCAAGAGAGAAGAUUUCUACGCCCUGGCAACCAAGGGAGAGGGUGCCAAAGGCGAGCUCAAGGGAGAAGGUACCAAAGGCGAAGCCAAAGGAGAGAUCAAGGGCGAAGGCGUUAAAGGCGAGUCCAAGCGAGAAAGGUCUCGAUCCAAGAAGAAGAAAAAGAAGGACUUUGGAUG